AUCGUCCAAGUGGGACGUUGGUAGGAUGCAUUCUCAGAAUUACCAGACAAGACAGGUAAAAAUGGCGAAAGCGGCCGAAACUUCUAUGAACGUAUCAGCGCUGAAAUUAGCGGACCCAUUAGUGAAAGAAAUCCUGGACACGGCCGCCCACGUCGCCUUGUACAAUUUUAAUUCAGAACUCCAAGAAUGGGAGAAGACGAACAUAGAAGGAGCGUUGUUUAUAUAUAGCCGAACAGGUGAGCCUAAAUACAACGCAUUUGUACUGAAUAGGUUGAGCACUUUUAACUUAAUAGAACCGGUCGACGAAGGGCUGGACAUACAGUUGCAAGAGCCGUUCCUCUUGUACAGAAAUUCCAUCGGUUCGAUCCACGGCAUAUGGUUUUACGACCGGGACGAGUGCGUGAGGAUAGCGAACGCCGUUGAAAAACUGGUCAUGGAGCAGAAAUCGUCCAACAGUUGUAAGUCGGAGGGUAAGAGCUCGCCGUCGGGCGUCGAAGGGGCCAAUCCGAGAGUGAUGGACUUCUUUGCAAAGGCGAGUAACAAGACCCCGUCUCAAUCGGUUGCCGGCCCGUUCGGUGGAGGUCCGAGGCCGCCUCAGAACACAAAACAGCCUGAUGUGAACCCCAUCCUGCAGCGGCUCAUGUCCGGCUCGAACCCGCUUCAUGUGCAGGAUAUUGAGAAACAGCACUCAAUCAGAAAACUCAAGAAGGAUGAACGUCCCGUCUCACUCCCGAUCAGACAGCAGAAAUUGGAAAACGGAAUAAGCUACAUGAGAAUCUCCGAAUCGCCGCCUAAAGCGCGGCAACAUUUCUUCAACUCGCCCUCUUCCUUGGAGAACCAGCCGCUCGAGGUGAGCGAGUUGGAGCGAAACGUCGCCAGCAUCCAGACACCCUGCAAGCCUGCUCUCCUCCCGCCCGGCAUGUUCACAUCCACAGUCUCAUCAGUAAAAGAGGACCCCAAGGUGCAGCCAGAGCCCCUUACAAAAUCUCAGCUCAUCCAAGCGGUCACCUACCUUCUCAAAAAUGAUGCUGAUUUUGUUAAAAAACUUCAUGAGGCGUACGUCAAGUCUUUUGUGGACAUGGUCUCAUAAGAGCCGUGCCCUUAAAUAAAAUUUGCAUACUCAUUACGAGGGGGAAAACUUAAUCACAAUGUCUUCAAAAUAUGUACAUAUAGUAUAUAAAAUAUAUAUAUAUAUAUAUUGACAAAGGUAUACACCAUACCGAAGUAUUAUAUAAAAAUGUAUAUAUUGUGAAUUUUUUAGACUUAAUUGUAUCAUACCUAUUUUUAUAAUACUGUCAUUAAAAAUAAUCGGGUAUUAGAGCGAGGCAAAAUAUAUCUGUCAAACUAAGACACGAAUCUUAGGGGCUAAAAUAUUGUAUGUUAAUCUUUGAAGACAGAUAUUUUUGUAAAUACGGCUGUCUUGAUACUAGAGACGAGUUAGACAAUCUUCACAUGAAUGAAAAACUUUAACUUAAAUGUGUUUAAUUGCUUUAAAAAGCCUGGUGAAUAAGCGAUUAUGGGAGAUAAGAGGAUUUUGUGCAAAAAUUUUGUUCCUCUGAUAUUGUGGCACUUACAUUUUUAUAGUUAUUGUUUUCUUUUUGUCGCUUGCAGGGGUCAAUAUGUCUGGUUCUUUUCAAUAUUGUGUUUUACACUUGUCGGCAUUGUUACCCUUUAUAUCAUGUCAUUAGUAUCUAUGUUGCUUUUCUCCUGACAAGCGGCUUGAGAAUUUGUGAGAAAUGACAUUGUGAUCUGGUCGUAAUCAGCAUGCAAAUUAAAAGGCAAGAGAUCUUGGACUGUAUGUAUAGUAUUUCAAAAGAUAUUAUUUAUUUAUUUUUAUUAUUAUUAUUAUUUUUUUUUUUUACAUUUUCCCUUGACAACCAUUGAUUUUAUUUUUAAUUUCACAACCAGAUCAAAUUGAAAGUUACAUGUAACAAAAUAAUUAUGUCAAAUUAAUUGAUUGAUAUUGUCAGAGCAUUGUCAAAUAAAAUACUAUACACUGAAA